GUCGGCACGACCCCCGAGGACCCCCGAGACGCCCGCAAGACCGUGAUCCGUGCGCCGGCGGAGAAGCUUCUGCGACCCGCACUCACCUGAGCACAGAUUUGCCAAGCAAGCUUAAAGGCUCCCAACCAGCACACUCACCGAUAGACACGAUGGCGCGGCCGCUCCUUGGAGCCCUGCUGCUCGCGCGCCUUGCGACGGCGCAGGACAUCGACAUCAAGCGAAUAGAGAACCCCGGUGUGGUCCUCUACAAGACCAGCGGCCCCCUGCCCGAGGCGCGGCUCGGCGACGACUUCCCGGGCAGCUUCCCCGCGCGGUUCCUGCGCCAGGCCUGGGGUUUGGAGGGGCCGCAUUCACCGGAAGGCGCCGCCCUGGUCAACGCGACGGGCGUUUGUACUUCCAGUGAAAUCACGGACGAGUUCUUCGGCCAGGCGAUGUUGGAGAGGGCCAAGGCCAUGUUCGACGACCGAGGGUUGAGACACGAGCUCGACGCAUUUCUACAGUCGGGAGUGAGCAACACCCAUUCACCGACACCGCGUCGGAUGUACUGGGUCGGGAUCGACAUCCUGCCGAACCAGAGCCUGGCGCUCCACUCGCACCCGAACGUCGAGUUCGUCUACGUGGCGGCGGGCGUCAUGCACGAGUGGCGCUGCCCGAAGUGUCCUGUGAAACGUAAAUAUAUACCUGAAGAAAUCAAAACAAAUGGGAAGACCAUCGAAAAGUACUGGGGCCCGGACCUGCACAAGGUCAAUGCGAAAGCCAGAGGCAUGUUCCGCCACGACGCGUAUAAUGCCGGAGACAUGUUCAUCAACGCGAUUGGCGACGUGCACCAGUCCUAUACGGAGGAAGAGGGCGUCAAAUUAUUAGUGAUGUGGGGCGAUGGCAACGCCGACGUGCCCCUGGAGCAGCUGCCGCGUCAUUCCGAUUUUUUAAAUGUGGGCGCCGCGAAGGCGUGGGACUAGACUCAUUCAAAUCGUUUUAUUCGAUCUUGCGAGGCGCGCAUCCGCCGCUUCGAAACGCGCUAUUUGCGCAAGUAACAUUCAUACUUUA